AUGGCGAGGCCUGGUAUCCACCCUGACAGCACGGACACACUGUGGGAGUGUUGCCCAAAUGCUGGUGGCUCUUCAAGCUACCUGCCCUGGGUGUUUCUGGUCUACUUCAUUAACUUUGUGAGACAGGUGACCGUGGAGGUGAAGCAGCACCUUUCCACGUCACGGAGGAGGAAGACGCUCCGCAGCAGCAGCAGCAGCAGCAGCGGCUCUGCCUUCACCUGUGUCCGAGUCAGCUCCGCUCUCCGCCGGCGUGAGCCUCCCUCCAAUGCCCGCUCAGUGAACCUGCUGCUCGGUGGGAUGAAUUUUAUCACCAGCUGGAGGCAAAGCGUGAAGAAAAACGACAGCAAAAGGGAUGCUGUGCAGGCACAAGACAUCCCCGAUGGCCCGGACUCCCCGAGCCGGUUGUCGGUCGUAAACAGCCCAGACCUGGAUCCCAUCAUCACAGAUUUCAAGUUACAGCUGCCGGACAACAAAGAUGCUCUGGAGUCGGCAAAUCCAUCCAACGGGUGCUCGCGGUCCGACCUGUCGCUGGCUCUGGAGGACUGCAUGGCUGCCCUGGAUCUGUUCCUCAGAAACGACUUUGAGGAGGCGCAGGCCCGCCUCAGAUGCAG